AUAGCAGGUCGUGAAGGUGUGAGGGUCUAGCCUUGAUUGGGUUGCUAUGCGCUGCGGAUAACAGUUGGUAUAUUACUGAGCACCGUGAAAGCCACAACCACUUAAUGUCACUGAUGAUGGGCGAGAAGGUGCACUGGCCCUCAAACAAGCAAUUGAUGUGUACACUAAGGAUUUGGUGAAGCAGCCGAGGGAGAAUAAUGUGAAUAUUGGUAAGGUGUACAACAUAAUUGGCAGCUUUUUUGGAUCAUCGAGAAGCAUUUACAAAAAGGACUCUUAAGGAACAUUUGCCGGGAGCAGCGGAGGAUGAUGUCCGAAAGACUUUGGAGGUGUUUGCAGACAUUGUUAAUGGUGACCCCGGUUUUAUAUACAAAGUUCUGGCAAAAAAAAGUAGCAAAGUGAAGAACCUCAUGUGGAUAAAUGGGAGCAGCAGAAAUGCAGUACAGGUUCUUUGGAGACGUCAUAACUUUCGACACCACUUAUAGGACAAAGCUAUACAACAUGCCUUUUGGACUAUUUGUUGGGGUGAACAAUCAUUUUCAGAGUAUAAUUCUUGCGGGUGUCUUGAUGAGGGGCGAACAAGAAGAGACUUUCGAGUGGGUGUCCUCGGAGUUCGUGCUGAUGAUGGGAGGACCUGCUCCAAGGACUAUUCUGACAGACGAAAACCACCCCAUGGAAUUGGCCAUAAAGAAGAUUUAUCCAGGCACCGUGCAUAGGUGGUGCAAUGGCAUGUCCUGAAGAAAGCAAAAGAGACGUUAGGGUCGUUGUACACGAAGAAAUCUGAUUUUCAGGCUGAGUUCCACAAGGUUGUGAACUACAUGUUAACCAUAGAUGAGUUCGAGGCAGUGUAGGGUAUUUUGUUAGAUAAAUACAAUUUGAGGAAACAUACAUAUAUGGCACAGUUGUACGAGAUUAGAGAAAAGUGGGCGAAGCCGUACUUCAACGGGGUUUUCUGCGCCAAGAUGACGAGCAUUCAACAUAGCGAAAGUGCGAAUCACAUGGUGAAGACCUACAUGCCACCAGUGAGUCCAAUGCAUGUUUUUGUGAGGCAAUACAUGAGACCGCAGUUUGAUCAAGAGCGAGAGGAGAGCUAUGAGGACAAGAGGACAAUGACAGGUGGAGCAGUGAGGAGAACUAAUUUGACGAUAGAGCGGCAUGCAAGUAGGAUAUACACAGGAGCAAUGUUCGAAGAGUUUGGGGGCCUACUAAUCGAAGCUACUGCCUACUAUGUCACCGAAAUAGAGAAGAUGAGGAAAUAUCUUACAGUCCACAACAAUGCAGCCAAGGGAGAAAAAUGGAGCAGGGUUGAGUAUGAAGUGAACAUAAAUGAUGACCAAUUAGAGUUUACAUGUGAAUGUGGUCAGUUCGACCACACUAGGAUGUUGUGCAGCCAUGUUCAGAGGGUAAACUUCUGCAGCAAAUUUAAUCCUGGUAAUGUGAAAAAUGUUCCUGGACAAGCAUAACUAAUUGCUUUUCAUUUUUUCCCAACAACACAGGUUAUGGAAAUACUUCAUCUCAAAGAGAUCCCA